AUGAACACAAUGAUGCCUUUACCAAACUCCCAAAGACCGGCUAGUACAGUUCUUUUUUCUUUUUCCAACUUCUUUAUUACAUGAUCAUUCUUAAGGGUCAAAAGGAUCAGGAAUAUACUCCUGCUGGGUCUUCUGGGUUAUGCUCCUUCUCUGCAAAUAGAAUCAAACUGAACCCCAUUUCUCUGAUUCCUCCAUAACUGCACAGAAGGGACCAAGGAGAAUUCUUGUGGGGGUGUGAAGGACAUGAAACACAAUGUCUAUUUAUGCUAAAGAUACAGAUCCAGCAUUCCAGGCUGCAGGAGCAACGCUUGGCUUGGAGAUUUGGUGUAUUGAGAACCAAAAAUUGGUUUCUGUCCCAAAAUCUUCACAUGGGAGAUUCUAUUCUGGGAGUACAUAUCUAAUCUUGAGUACAAUUCUGCCAAAGAGUGGCGCUCUUCAGCAUGACAUACACUAUUGGACCGGAAAGAAUGCAAAUAAGGUGGACUCAGUGUUGGCAUCAGAUAAAGCACUUGAACUAGAUGCAGCUCUUGGGUCAUGCACUGUGCAGUAUAUGGAACUUCAAGGCCGGGAAACCGGAAAGUUUUUGUCAUAUUUCAAGCCCUGUAUUAUACCCAUUGAAGGAGUAUAUGCAUCACAGAAAGACCACUUGAAAAGAGAGACAUAUAAAGUCACACUGUUAGCUUGCAAAGGGGACCAUGUUGUUCAUGUUAAAGAAGUGCCUUUUUCUCGUUCAUCGUUGAACCACAAUGAUGUAUUCAUACUUGAUACUGCCUCAAAAAUUUUCCUCUUUAGUGGGUGUAACUCUAGCAUACAAGAAAGAGCAAAAGCUUUGGAAGUUGUCCAGUACAUCAAAGAGAAUAAACAUUCUGGAAACUGUGAGGUGGCAACUGUAGAGGAUGGAAAAUUUGUUGGUGAUCCUGAUGUGGGUGAAUUCUGGAGCUUAUUUGGUGGUUAUGCUCCCAUUCCCCAGGAUUCACCUUCUCCUGUUCAGAAACAGUCUGAAGCACCCUUUGUGAAACUUUCAUGGAUAACGACUCGGGGUAAAUUAGAUCCAUGUCAAACUGAUUCAUUCAGUAAAGAAAUGCUUGAGACGGACAAAUGCUAUAUGCUGGACUGUAAUUCAGAAAUCUUUGUUUGGAUGGGAAGGCAUACCUCAGUUACAGAAAGGAAAACAUCAAUCUCGGCUACAGAAGAUUUCCUCAGAAACCAAGGCAGGUCAGCUGGUACGCAUGUGACUAAUAUAACGGAAGGGCUAGAAACUGCAAAGUUUAGGUCAUAUUUUUACAAUUGGCCCCAAACGGUGGAGCUCAAGCUGUAUGAAGAAGGUCGAGAUAAAGUAGCAGCAAUGUUUAAGCAACAAGGUUAUGCAGUGCAAGAGCUUCCUGAUGAAGAAGAUAUCCAGCCAUUUAUAGACUGCAGAGGAAAAUUGAAAGUUUGGUGGGUAGAUGGUGACAGACUGUCCCUUGUUCCAGCCUCAGAACAGAGAAAGCUUUUCAGUGGGGAUUGCUACAUUCUGCAAUAUACAUAUCUUGGCAACGAAAGGGACGAGAAUCUAUUCUAUGCAUGGCUUGGUCGUGGGAGUGUAAUGGAGGAUAAAAGAGACGCUAUCUCUCAUAUGAAUGCCAUGGUUGAGUCAGGCAGGGGAAAACCUGUUGUGGCUCAAAUAUUGGAGAAUAAGGAGCCAUCUCAAUUUUUUUCAAUUUUACAGACGUUAAUUGUUUUUAAGGGAGGUAGGAGUCAACGAUACAAAAAGUUUGUGGCAGAAAUGGGUAUUGCAGAUGAAACUUAUGAUGAAAGUAAGACAGCUCUUUUUCGUGUUCAAGGAAUGAGUCCUCACAACAUGCAGGCCAUCCAAGUUGAUACAGUUUGGGGCUCUUUGAACUCUUCCUAUUGUUACAUCCUGCAAACUGGUACAUCCGUUAUCACUUGGAUUGGGAAUCUCUCAUCAGCCAGAGAUCAUGAUCUUCUUGACAGAAUGCUGGAGCUAAUAAAUCCAACAUGGCAAGCCAUAUCAGUGAGGGAAGGGAGCGAAUCUGAUGUGUUCUGGAGUGCACUUGGUGAAAAGGCAGAGUAUGCAAGAGGAAAAGAAAUAAAAGGGUACAUAGAAGAUCCACAUUUGUUUAUGUUGAGUGGAACUGAAGGUGAUUUCAAGGUGCAAGAGAUAUACAAUUUCACACAGGAUGAUUUAAACACUGAAGACAUGUUAGUCCUCGACUGCCACAUAGAGAUAUAUGUUUGGAUUGGAAGCCUCUCAAAUAUUAAGUCAAAGCAGCAAGCCCUUACUCUUGGCCUGAAAUUUCUUGAGACGGAUGUACUUAUGGAAGGGCUAUCUUUGGAAACUCCUAUAUAUGUUGUUAGUGAAGGGCAUGAACCACCAUUUUUCACUCGUUUCUUUGAAUGGGAUCCCUCAAAGUCAAAUAUGCAUGGCAACUCAUUUGAGCGGAAACUUGCGAUUUUGAAAGGGAAACCACAACAGUUACAAGCACCAAUAAGAAACUCAUGGAAAGCUCCAAUGACGCCGGAUAUUUUGAGAAGCAAGUCCUUGAGUUCCAAUGGCCGGAGAAGAAGUUUUUCUCCUGCACCUGGUGCUUCAUUUCCAAUUAUAAAGUCCAGCUCAGCUCCAAUUGUCAGGAAACUUUUUAGAGGAUCCUCUCUGAAUGGUAGUCCAGAUGAGUCAUUUGCAUCUGCAGUUUCCCUAGAGUCAGAGGAAAUGUUAUCCAAAAAUGCGGGUAACAUUCAGGCUAAUGGAACUGAGGAUCACAUAAAUCUGUCAGUUUAUCCAUACGAACGAUUAACUGUCAAUUCUAAAGACCCGGAAACCAGCAUAGACAUAACCAAAAGAGAGGCAUAUCUAUCUGAAGAAGAGUUCAAAGUGAAAUUUGGCAUGACUAAACGAGACUUUUACAAGCUUCCCAAAUGGAAACAAAACAAGCAGAAGAUAUCACUUCAUCUUUUCUAAGAGAACCUAGCUCAAGACCUCAACCAGAUGCAAUUUUAUUUACUGAAAACAUUUGUGAUGGAAUAUUACGAGCCAAAUGUGUAAAAUCUUGUACACACUAUCCAAGUCUAAAAGUUUGUCUUUGUAACAAGUCAUCAUAGUAUUAACCCAACGAGGUCUGCUUGAUUUACUGAUCCUUUGUUUUGAGGCUUCCCCGUGGAUCUUAGAAUCAAGUAACUUCUCAUUUGGGACAGAAUAAGUCAAAAGUUGGUAUCUUUGUAAACCAAGAAUACAAGUGAGUUCAUACUCC